AUGGUUAAUCAUAUGACUUUCGCACGUGAUCUGUCAGAUUAUUCUAUUUACUUUGCGAAAGUGUUAUAAAAAAGAUAAAAUUAAUCCAUUAUGUUUCCGUAAAACGAGUUAUUUGAUACGCAAGAUGUCAGGUGCAUCGAGUCACGAUGUCACCGUGAUGUAUAAAAGUUGCAUGUGACGCAAUGGCAUUGUUCAAAAAACUCUUUUCUACAAAGAGAAAACUCGACGGCCACCGUGAAUCACGAGACUGGGGCAGGUCUUGCCAGAUAACGCCGAAGCAAGUGCGAUUGCUUCUGUUCAAGGAGUGCGACUGGCGAGGGAGGAAACUCCUGUUUGAUUCUUCGACUAUAGAGAAAGUUCCAGCUGGCAAAGAUGCAGACGCGAAGCAGACCAAUACGUUUCCGUGCGUCGUGGAAGUCGCAGAAGGAUUCGCUUAUGUGUAUAAAGGUCCAGCGGCAGAUGCGAGCGUACUCGGUGAGAUGAUAUUCGGCGCAGUUGCAAUGAGCUGCAAAGGCGUCUCAUUGAAGAUUCACAUCAUGGAUGAACCUAAAAGGUUAAUGUGUACGAAAGUGUUCUGCGUGCCAACAUCGCGGCGCAUAAGCAGAGUUGAGCGCAAAGCUGAGCCGAGCUCUGUUGAGCUCAGGGAGCGUUCCAAACCUCUCAACGUGCCGCUGCAGAAAGAAGAGGUCUCGCUGAGCUUUUCCAUCGACAGGGGAGACUCAGGUUUUUACGGGGAUCAAACGCCGCACAGCAGCAUUGGAUCUACUUACGAUUAUUUCUCUAUGUUUGACGUUUGGGACGGCAGCAAUACUCAGGACGACAUGUUCUCUUUUCACACCCCACCAGGCCGCAAGCUAAGCACGUCGAGUAACGGCAGUUGGCAGCGCCGUACGUUCAGAAAUCUGGCGACGCGCUUCGACCUCGGCAACAGCCCGAACCUGCUGGCCGUACCCAGCGGUUCCACUACCACCGACUCUCAGGUAUACAGCACUAGCUCGACGAGCGACAGUCUGGCGAGUAGUUGCGCGGCGUUGAAAAAAAACAAGCUGGGGUUGGCACUGCUCAUCAGUGUCCCUGAUGCUGCUGAGAAAGACUUCAUCCGGCGAUGCGUGGAGAUGUCCCCUCAGCUGCAGAGCAUGGUGUGUCGGCUACGCCUGGCCACUAUGACGGCCGGCGCCGGCGGCAAGUUCGUCGCAACGUUGCAUCAGGCCGCACAUGACGCAGCUGGAUGGCUAUCUCAACUGCUGUCCGGGCCACGACUCCAACCAGCAUGGCUCCGCCUCGUAUCCAGCGAGCCUCCGCGCUCGCACAAGCUCGCCGACUCUUUGCUCGCGGACUUGUGCGCCGUGCUGGCCCACGCCGACACCAAGGACACCAACUUCUUCAUCAGCACGCUACUGACGCACGUGCUGACGUACCACCUGGGCUGGGUCAGCACGGUGAGCCCGUACGAGGGCCCCGCGCCGCCGGUGCGUCGGCCGCACAACGCGCUGUGGGCGCAGCUCGCCGACCUGCACGGCGCCGUCGGCUUCCCCGUCCGCCAGGCCAAGACCAUCAUCAGCGGCGCCGAAACCGUCUUCGUCAACAAGCUCCUACUCGUCCUCACGUACUUCGUGCGCUGCGGUGAAGUCGUCCGCAACGACUUCGAGUUCGAUGACAGUGUUCUUAGGGAAAGUGAAACGGUGACGCUCAAACGGACCGCGCCGGCCAAGUGCGAUAGUGCCAAGGACGAUGCGACGCCCGCUCCGAGUCGCGGCUUCGGGCGGUCGACGACCCUCGCCAAUCUAAAUCGGCAGCUCUCUACUAGUGUAGAUUUCGAACGGUGCAGGUCCAGCGGGAUCAGAAGGAACCCCACUAUGAUGCUCGCGGCCAAGUCUUCCGAUUCCAGUCUCGAUUCCACCGCGUCCGAGGAAGAAGUGGAAAGGAAGGUCGUUUUCGUCCUCGGCGACGAUGAGAGGCUAGUCGGGCUGAAGAACAAAUCGAACGGCGGAAAAAGCGUAAAACGGUCCUCCAAAAUACAACACGAGCCGCUGAAUCUAGACGCGAUAGAGAAAGCUGGCGACGAGGAAGAGAAAGCAUGCGACCAGAAGCCCUGCGAGCAGAAAUGCUCCCGGAGCCCCGACAGCCCGUCCAAAUGCUGCGCGCAAACACUUCAACAUUCCAAACCAAUAAAACAUUCCGGCUUUAAGUUCGAGUUCGAUAAAUACCCUCAGAUAGUCACUAAUUAUAUGAAAAGCAAGAACUUAGAAAUAUUAGAUAGGCAUUAUAUCGGGAAACCGGGAAAUCUGAAGCUUGACAAUUUCCAGUUCGAUCCGACGAUCGUCCCCCCGAUACAAGAGGAGCGUUGCGAGGCGUGUUACAAGUGUCAGAUGAUGGAAUCUAUGCUUCAGACUCCCACGAACGCUUCCGAGUUGGAAUACAUGAACGACGUACCGCGGCAGUCCGAUCCUCAGUACGCGAAGGAGUCUACAGUGAGCGAUAGCGUUCAAGUGUCCCCCAAGACUUUUGUUAGGAGAAAAAAGGAGGCGACUUUAGUAGUGAACGUUAAACCUAGUGUGUCGGUGGAAGUGAGCAGGGUAGAUGGGUGUGGGGGCGGGAGCGAGCGGGACAGAGGCGAGGUGCGGCAGGUGAUCGAGUUUUCUGUGCCGCGGCUGGUGCGGCGGCCGGCGCUGGCGGCCGGCCUCGACAGCUCUCUACUCUGCGGGGUGACCAACCAUUAUGUACCUGAUUUAGUUUUACAAGGAACAAUAUCGAAACCUCAAACGUGGGAGACGGACUUACGGCGCGAUCUGGAUUUGGCGUCGUACCUCAGCAAGGGCAGCGACGCGGGCGCUAUGCCGGUCGCUAUCGUGGGGGAUACUGACGCUUGGGAAGUGCGCGUGGUGGGUCGCCUGGCGGGCGGCGGUAUGUCGGCGCUGGUUGGCGCCAUGCUGGACGCGCUGCCCGCCAUGCGCCGCGCCAGGGUACCCGCCGCACAGUGCCUAUCAUAUCUAGAGGGUAAGUUGCGCGAGUUCUGCGUACUGUCCAAGACGCUCGCCGACAUUCUCAUGUCGACGGAUUUCUGCGACAUAGCCACGCUCACCAAGACCCUCAACAUCGACGUCAACGACGUGCCGCUGCUGCUCGCCAUCGCCACCACGCACACACCCCAAGUCGCCGCCAGAUACGGCAUCAGUUACAGGUAGCAAGCGAAAUAGGAACGUGUCUGAUUACUAUAGAGCUCAAUUUUCAGUAAGCUGCUAUGUGGCCGAUUAUACUAAGUGUUGUGAUGAUAUAGAACUCGAUUUCGCUCGAUGUUUAAAUACUGUCUUGUCAUUAAAUUCAUAUCUAAUAUGCUACAAGGCUGCCUAAAUAUUUAGUAUAAGCUUCAUU